AUGGCUUAUCUUGGAACCAAAGAAUCAAUAUUGCUGUUGGGAUUGCAAGAAUUAUGCUACAUUCAUGAAAAACAUUUGAUUCAUCGUGACUUAAGAUCCAGCAAUGUUUUUCUUUUUGACGAUGAAACUGCAAAGAUAACUUGGGUUGAGUAUCAUCCUAUUGUCAAGAGUUGUUAUGAUGCUCCAGAAUGGCCUCAGUGCACUCAAAAAAGUAAUGUUUUUAGCUUUGGUGUGAUUCUCCUUGAGCUCUUGACAAUUGAUCCCAAAAGGCAUCCGAUGAGCCACAUUCAUACAUGGCUCUGUUCAGGCAAGGUACACGAGGUUGUGGUUGCUAGAUUAAAAGGAGACUGCCCUCCAAAGGAAGUUGAAAAGACGAGUCGAGUUGCUGCACUGUGCCUUCUAUUUGAACAAGAUCAUCGUGUGGACAUGCACAUAGUUGUAAAAGCUCUCAUGAAGUUCCUUCCCGAAACCAAAUCACAACACUCUCAGAGUUGA